GGGUAGGGCACUGGUGGAAUCAAAUUUGGGGAUUGAGUCACUAUCCAGUUGGUCCCAAAAGUCAAGUGAGUGCGUGCCUACUGCCAAGUCAUAGCUGAUGCAAGCAUCCUCAUCUCUCAAAAUGCCCUUCCUUGGUCAUGAAAUUUAGGAAAAGUGGGUUCAAAGGGCACUAUAGGACAUCCCCAUUUUUGCAAGAAGCACUUAAAGAGAAAUGAGGAGGGUGGGGGACCUCCCCCCAUUUGGUUCUAAGGGAUUGUGAAGAUGUAGACAAUCGCCGCAUUAGUCUUUCCCUCUCAAUUCCAAAAAAUUUGAAUUUCCGAAAAAAUCAAACGAAAAUUUAAACAACAAAAAACCUCCCGGAAAACCGGACACCAUUUCGCCUCGCCAUGGAAGAAGCCGACCAGGACCACCUCGGCCACCACAGACCUCCUCCCUCUCUGCUAUCUCUGGCUCCGUUCUCUCCCCCCUCCCGGCGCAGGCUCUCCAGUAACUAUGCCAACCCGCCCCGACCAAUCCCGUUGGCUCGGGGACUUGCUUGGGUGUCUCUCCAGGGCCGGCUCGUCAACGCAGAGGAAGCCAGUUCUGCUAAAGCUAUCGGCGGCUGCCUGAGCCAAGAGGAGGCCGUAGCCUGGGAAUUGUUUACCCCUAUGCAGAGAUUCCUCAUCGUAGCGGUGAUUGGAGUUGUAGCAUCACAGUCAAAGAAAAACCAGACCAUUUGGCAGCUCAAAAGAUCUGUAGAGCUUCGGGAUCAGGUGCUGUCAAGCAUGCAGCAGAAGCUAGAUACUCUGUGUGGACAGCUGAAUAAUGUCAAGGAUCAACCAGGAAUUAGAGACAAAAUUGUAGAAUCAGAAGCUUUGGGAUCUGAGAGUAUUAAAUUGGUUGACUGUGGCUGUUGGUUCUGUGAUCAACAUCAUGAGGGAUUCGUGGGAUUGGUGGCCAAUCCUGUUAAACAAACCUCUGUUGGGGAUGAGAUGCUUCAAUAUAAAAUGAAUUUGCCAAAUAAGGUAGAACCAGAGGAGCGCCGCAUGUCUGAUUUGUCAGACUGGGCUGCUUCGAGUGUUACAUCUGUGUCAGAUAUCCAGUUGAACAACCUUGCAAUAGAACAAGACAUUUUCAAUCUAAAGAAGGAAUGUGAAGACAAGGAUGCCAUCAUAAAGGAGCUGAGCACCUUAAUCCAGUCAUCUAAUGUGAUGGGUUCAAAGAGGAUAUCAGAGUUGGAAGAUAUUAUAAGGAGGAAGAACGUGAUAAUUACAAGACUUAAGAAGGACAUGGUGGUUCUAGAACAAAAGUUGAGUUAUGCAACUUAUGAGGCUGCAAAGGCCUUCCUCGUCUUCUUCAAACUCAAACUGUUGGCACCUUCCGGUCAUGACAGAUAACCUUCUUUAUGACAUGGAUAGUACUACUAGCCCUUCCUCUUCUGAUUCAGAAACCUCUCCAAAGAACCAGCCACAGACUGCCAUUACUAAUGUUCAAAGGUCUCCAAAAAACCAGCCACAGACUGCCAUUGCUAAUGUUCAAGAGGUCCCUUUUCAUAAUGCUGACUUUUUAUCAACAAUAGAGCAGAUAUCAACACCAACAAAAGCUUCAAAUGCUUUGCCAAGACCGACUGGUUCUCGUUCAAAGUCUCGAUCAGUAAGUCCUCUGAAAGAGAUAGUAAUGAAUCAUAAAUCCGGCAUCCUUUCUUCAAGGCAAAGACCAUUUUCCGCUCUUGGAGAUAGGCAAAGACCAUUAUUAGCUCUUGGAGAUAGCAGGAAGAGUAGAAAGGGAACUCAAAGUGCAUCCAAAGAAGCAACUCCAAACAAGAGAUGGGUUUAGUUAAAACAGAUCAAAGGCAUUGACAGUGGAUGUAUGCUGCAUGCUGCAAAAAUAUACUUGCAAUUGAGGAUGGUAUGUAGGACCAAUCAGUAUUUGUGUAGGGUAGAUAUUAAGAAGCGCAAUUUUCUAUUUAUAUGACUCAAUGUUUUUUCUACUUUGAUGCGAUUUAACUGCGUAUGAUAUAUUGUAAAUCUAGUAAAAUAGUUCUUUGGCC